AUGUCCUUUCGCCAUUUACCCCAUAUCCUCCGCUCCAAGACCGUGCUCAAAACCGCUACCGCUACCAUGAUGACGGCCGUAUCCCUGCCCGUACUCGUUUCCCUUCCCUCCAAUCCAAGUUACUCUACCGAACCCCUCUUUGAAGGUGAAACCUACCUUUCGACCCAACAUCACAAAAAGGGAGGCGGUUUCGUCAACCCUUGGGCCUCUUUCCGUGAUUUAGGAAUGGGUCCUAUGGUCUUGGUCAACAUGUGGAGGGAUUGGAGGAAAGUCAAGAUCCCAGCUUUGGAAGAACUGCCACCUUUCGUAGGGGACGUCGAUUGGGGUAAAGGGAGGACGGAUUGGAAGGGCAAGAUCAAGGCGACUUGGUUGGGUCAUGCGUGUUAUGUCGUCGAGUUUCCGUCGACGGUGCAAGGCGCCCACAGAGGUCCGAGGGUAUUGUUUGAUCCGAUUUUUAGUCAUCGGUGUUCGCCUUCGCAGUGUGAGUUGAGGAGGAGAUCGCCCCCCCUUUUUUUUUUUGAGCGUUGGUGUUUUGAAUACCAAACAAAAUUAUGUGAAACUGAAUACCUCACUUCAUCUCUGCUCCGUACUAGACCUCGGCCCAGCGCGCGUAACCAAAUCCCCUAUCGAGCUUUCUCAACUCCCCGAGAUCGACGCCGUUAUCAUCAGUCACAACCACUACGACCAUUUGGAUCUCGACACAUUACGUCACAUUUACUCUUCACAAACGCCCGGUUCGGUUCAUUUCUUUGCCCCUUUGGGGAAUAAGGAUUGGUUCAAGAGUAAUAUUGGGACCAAGGAAGAAGAAGUGACCGAAUUAGAUUGGUGGGGGGAGAGAGAGUUGAUCGUGCAGAUUGGAGAGAACGGACAGAAGGAGAAAUUGAGAGUCGUUUGUACGCCUUGUCAGCAUGUGAGUACUGAGCGAGUUGGGGCCUCGAGAUGGCUCAUCACAAGUCUGAUGACGCUCGGCUUGAACAGUUCACCGGGCGAAGCCCCUUCGACCGUAACGCGACACUUUGGGCCUCCUGGGCCGUCAUCGCUCAAAAAGGUCGCGUAUGGUUCGGCGGUGAUACGGGAUACAAAGCCGUACCUCGUGGGACCAAACCUGAGGACGAGGCGGGCUUGCCGACAUGUCCUGCGUUCAAGGAGAUCGGUCAACGUUUCGGCGGUUUCGAUUUCGCGAUGAUUCCGAUCGGGGCUUAUUCACCUAGGUGAGGAAUGGUGACAGACUUCUCGGGAUGUUACAAGGAUCGUUAGCUCACAAUUUUGGACGUAUUGGGUUUGGCAGGUGGUUCAUGUCCCGCAUUCACGCCAACCCAAGUGACGCUGUUCACAUCCACCAGGACGUGCAAAGUCGACAAUCCGCUCCGAUGCAUUUCGCUACUUUCGUACUGACCGACGAAGAGGUACGUUGACCCCCGCCAUACCUUCAAGUGUGAUAGCUCACUAACUUUUUUUCGUGUUUUGUUUUUGCUUUCCCAUCUCAUGACAGAUGACCGAGCCCCCUCGUCUCCUUCGCCAAGAAUGCGACAAGCGAGGGAUCAAGGAGGCCGACUUUAGAGUUAGCGGGUUCGGCGAGACCGUCGCGGCCGAAGCGUCGUCGCGCUGCCCAGAAUUGGGGGGCGCCAACGAUGGUCAGCCCAAGUCCAAGAUGUAG